CCGCCCGCGAUUCGCUACGCCAUGGGCUCCUCGCCGGGGAGCAGCAGCUACGACUGCUCCUUCAAGAUCCUCCUCAUCGGGGACUCCGCCGUCGGCAAGAGCAGCCUCCUCGUCAGCUUCGUCUCCGCCGCACCCGCAGACGACGACAUCUCGCCCACCAUAGGAGUGGAUUUCAAAAUCAAGUUUCUCACUGUCGGUGACAAGAAACUGAAGCUGACAAUAUGGGAUACCGCUGGCCAAGAGAGGUUUAGGACAAUCACUAGUUCUUACUACAGAGGUGCUCAUGGAAUCGUUCUAGUUUAUGAUGUCACAAAGAGACAAAGUUUCACAAAUUUGGCUGAUGUAUGGGCCAAGGAAAUCGAAUUGCACUCGACAAACAAAGAGUGCAUCAAAAUGCUUGUUGGAAACAAAGUGGACAAGGAUGAGGAAAGAUUGGUAACAAGGGAAGAAGGGCUUGCCUUUGCACAGGAAUGUGGAUGCCUAUUUCUCGAGAGCAGUGCUAAAACAAGAGAAAACGUGGAGAAAUGUUUUGAAGAGCUUGCACUAAAGAUUCUUGAGGUUCCAAGUCUCUCGGAGGAAGGCUCUUCAGUUGUUAAGAGGAACUCGCUGAAACAGAAGCAGGAGAACAACGCAAAACUCGGCGGAGGAUGCUGCCAGUAGAUCCAGUUCAUUGUAUGCAACCGACUAGAUCUCGUGAUCGAUGACGCCUAGACAUAGCCUGUUCUUGUGUUCUGAUGUAAAUGAGUUGUAACUAAGUGCUCACCGGUGCAGCAGCCAGCGUGUGAGUUAAAGAAGAAAUAACAGCAACUUGAGGUUUUGGUGUGAAGGGUGGGAAUCGAUCUGUACAAAGGGAGACAAUGGUUUUCCUGACCAACUUGGUCUGGUGACACGGUUUGCUGACUGUAAGGAGGUCAG